AUGGACCUGAUGAAAAUCAGCGUCGUAUUGUACAUCUCACUCAUAUUAAUACUCAAUAAGUAUUCGGAUUGUACGACUCAUCCUAGGGUCAAAAUGUACGGCCCUAAAGUGACAGUCAUAGAUCGUCGGAAACCUGAAUCAAAAAUUGGACAAGACGUAAUUAAUGAGGUAAAAAUGAUUUCUCAACCCGAAGACUUUUUGGGCGAACCUAGCUGCCUUGAAUUGCGUCUAAUGUGGCGCACAUAUCAGCGGCAAAAUCAAUUGACACAGUCGGCCAACAAUUUACCGCUGACUUUCGAUCCAUUUGCAUUCAAUACGUGGGAAGAUUACAUCAAGCCAAGAUAUAUAAACAGACAAAAAUCACUGAUGUUUGAAAGAACCAUGCCAGACAGGUUUCAUGUUUACAGGCAACUUAGACCGUUUGAAAAAAUUGCUAGGCUGACCACUACAACGAGGGCUAUCAUGGACGAUCAGUUGACGAGAAAAGCAAAUUUAUUUCGUUUGGGUUAUCAUCCCUUAACUAAAAUACCCGUAAUUGCCAUGCGCCUAACGGCCAAAGACAGAUUUCAAGAACUCAAAGAACUGAUGCGCCACGAAAAAUCGAACAAUUACCCAACGGGAGACGCCGAAGACGAACCGUUUUCCUCCGUACCGAUCACCGCGGCGUCGGUCACUUCCAAUGGCACUGCAGGCAAAAAGCGGCCAGGCUACGAGUCGUUGAUGUCGCGACCCAGGCACUUUUCACAAGGGCACUAUAUGAACGUGAAACCUAAUGGUGAAGAGAUCGACGAUACUGUGACAGUUACACCACAGUAUAAAUCUUCGCCACUUAACAGACCAUGGAAUUCUAGAUGGUAAAUGUCAUAAAGACAAUAUUGCGUCGACAGUAAAGCCCAGAAUACCUAAGUACACAAUAUUAUGUUCAUAUAUAUUCAAAGCAAAUCCAACGUCCAUUCACAGAAACUUAUCAUUUGUCUUCCUUCCGGCGAUGAAUUACCUGAUCUGUUACGCUUGUUCUUGUGUAUAAAUAAAACAAGAUUAAGGUAAGCAUAGAUAUACUUAUUGUUCAUCAUAUUAUAUUGAUUACAUUUUAAACUAACAAUUAAUUUAAUUAAUUUUUUGUGUAAAUUAUUAUUAAUUUUGAAUGCCUGUUAAAAUCGUGUUUCUUAAUA